GUAUGUUUCCGUUUUUUUUCUUUCAGCGCGCUCGCGCCGCGGCUCGAAAACCCGCGAGCGUCACGUCGAGGGCAAAACACUGACGCACUUCAUCCACUCUGUCACGCUUGAACCCCGUUAGCAAUAAUGUCCGAGCCGUACCGCGAGUGGAUCCUGGGCUCCAUAGACUCAUUGAGGUCGCGAAAAGCGCGACCCGACCUGGAAAGAAUUUGCAGAAUGGUUAAAAGGCGACACGGGUCGGACUGGGACCGAACCCGCACAGAACUAGAGAAACUGAUAGAGGAGCAGACGGUACUGAAAGUGAACUAUAAAGGCUCGGUUUCUUAUCGCAACGCGGCAAAGGUGCUGAGAGGCAGGAGAAAACCCGAGCACAGCAAGUGUGCGGUAAAGGAGCCGUCUCCACCGGACUGGAGCACCGGGGACAGCGCGCUUGGUCUCGCGGAUGAGGAUCAGAUGGAGGACAUGGAAGAUGAGAUGUCAACAACAGCAGGAAUGGAUAGCAGUAUGGACGAGGAGGGUGAUGAGAGCAGUCUGGACGCCAUGUGUGCUCAGAGCACCACUGACUCGGGCAUCAGCAUGAGUCCCAUCACCAGCAGUAGCAUCAGUCUUCCUGCGCCCUCCCCCACUACUUCUCCAAAGAGCUCUCCGACCCACGAUGCUUUGCGGCAGGAUGGGGACAGUGCUUAUAUCCUUCCUGAUCACCCAGCGCAGCAGCAGGACACAGGUAAAGUGAUUUCAUUGUCACCUGCAGGAUCUCCAGAGUUGGAGCAGCAGCCACUGGACAUCUGUCUGUACGCUCAGCCUGCUCAGCAGAGCGCUCCUCAGGAAGAGGAGGUGCCGAGGGCGGAGGAGAGCGCGCUCACCUCUGAUCCACCACCGUCAGACUGCGGAGCCACACCGAAUGAUGCAGUGACGUCUGACAGAGCGCCUCACGCCGUCUCUGUUAAUGUCGAGGAUGGUGAAAAGUGCAAUAAGGAACUGAACAGCAUGACAGAGGUACACAAUGGAGGAAUCAAUGACGGAACCGAGGUGCUGAAAGAGGACAUUGGCCAGGACCCCUCGCAUUGGACCGUGGCUGAUGUGGCCAAAUACAUCACUUCUGUGGGCUUCCCUGAGCAGGCAGCAGCUUUCAAAACACAGGAAAUAGAUGGGAAAUCUUUAAUGCUGAUGCAGCGCAGCGAUGUGCUGACCGGUCUGUCAAUCAGACUUGGACCUGCCCUCAAAAUCUACGAGAAUCACGUGAAGGUACUGCAGAGAAGCCACUUUCAGGACGACAACCGCCUCUUCUCCUAGAGCUCAUUUUCACUGGGAACAGACUGAAAUCUCCUGGCUCGGAACGUUAGCCAUGAAAUAAGGGGAGAUUGGAGCUCUUUAAGACUGGAUUUGCACAACGCUUUCAUCUCCUCUGGACAUACAGCAUGAUUCAGCCCUGCAGUCUGUUCCUCUGUUCUGUUUUGUGUCCUUCUGUCUCCUCGUCACAGGGCUGAUGGGACCACUCGUCUUUUUUCCCGGUGAAGCGUUAAAUUCACCAGCGUUCAUUCUGUUUGUUUGUCAGGUAUGAUUGACAGUGUCGCAAUACAAUAUAAACAUGGUUUAUGUCCUGUUUAAUGUACUUUGUUCCUUAAUGUUAUGCAGCAGUCUUUAAAAAGCCAUGUGAAGUUGUUAGGAAAUAAAUUCAAGUGUCAGAAUUGUAAA